CAAAUUAUUGAAAUAUCUCUCUAACUAACAUCUUCCCUAUGGUUUAAUUACCAUGCUUUUCUUGAUUUCCAUAAAUUAAAUAUUCAUAAUUUAUAAUUAAUUACUCAAAGCUCUUUAAACCAAGCUAAUUAAGGCAGGUUAAUUAAGGGUUAAUCAGCCAUCUAGUGAAGCAAACUACACAAGCUAAGUCAAACAAGAAGAGUUAUGGAGGAGGGAAAAGUUAUUAAUGACGAAAGAGGCCCGUUUAUGGAGGUGAUUACUACGACCGCAGCCAUGGAUAAUAAUGAUUAUUCAUUAGUAAUAACAAAGGCGUUCGAUUUUUCGAGGAUUUUGAAGAGUUUACUAGUUUUUUCUGCACUUGGAGUUACAUUUCUUGUUUUGUUCUACUCUUCGAGCAACAACAAUGGCCAGUUUGUACCGAGUUUCGGGCGCUUAUCGACUUUCUACGGUGGCAAUAACGGCACGGUCCCGGUCAAAGACGAGUAUUACGAUCUAAGGUUGGUUCUAGAGGCUGCUUCAACCAAGGACAAAACAGUAAUUUUGACAACAUUGAACGAUGCAUGGGCAGAACCAAACUCCAUAUUUGAUAUAUUCUUAGAGAGUUUCAGAAUUGGAAACAAUACAUCUCAUCUUCUCGAUCAUCUGGUUGUUAUAGCAGUCGACGAGAAAGCGUAUUUCCGAUGCCGGAAUUUGGGUUUCCAUUGCUAUUUUCUCAAGACUAAGCAGUCUUCUAAAAUGGCUAAUGAAGCAAGGUUUAUGACCCCUAUCUAUUUGGAGAUGAUGUGGGAAAGACUUGCUUUCUUGCAGACUAUUUUAAGCUUGGGGUACAACUUUGUUUUCACGGAUACUGAUGUUAUGUGGUUUCGAGAUCCAUUCCCACGUUUCAAUCCCGAUUCAGACUUCCAAACCUCAUGUGAUAGCUUCAAUGGCAACGAAUUCGACAUACAAAACGCUCCCAACAACGGAUUCCUUUUCGUAAGGUCCAACAAUCGAACCAUCAAAUUCUACGAUUUCUGGGUUUCCUCCAGGCACACGUACCCCGGAUUACACGAACAAAAUGUUUUUAACGAGAUUAAAAACGGUACCGUUGUAAGAGAACUUGGAGUGAAGUUAAGAUUUAUGGAUACAGAUUAUUUUGGUGGAUUUUGCGAACGAAGCAAGGAUUUGAAUAAGGUUUGUACAAUGCAUGCUAAUUGUUGCAUUGGUUUAGACAACAAAAUAGCUGACCUUAAAACUACACUUGAGGUUUGGAAGACUUAUUUGUCUUCCAAUCAUACGACGACACGUCAGCCUUUAAAUUGGACGGUCCCAAAUAAAUGUCAUAUGUGAGUGAAAUACUUUGUACGUACAGGUAAAUAAUUUGAUGUGUCAAUUUAUUUUUUAAUUCUUGGAAGUUACCGUGUAAUGAAACGAUAGAUAAGUUUUAGACUUGUAAUUAUUUAUAAUUAAACUCUUUUUGUUGGUACAA